AUGGGCGCCGCCGUGUACACGGAUUCUGAAGGAAAUAGAAAGGAUCCAUGCAAUAGCCCAUAUGCUGCCGCGCAGCCUAACGAUGCAGGAGCUCGAGUCCCUCCGGUCGAGACUAAUAACCACGACGAUGAAUAUAAAAUCCUCCCCUUAUGCAGAGACGCCUAUAAGGCGUUGCUUCUAUGUGAAUCCCGGCUCAUCAAGGACGACCCCGUUGGCCAACAAGUCCGUCAGACAAACGAGCGCGAAUAUGCCGAACAUCAUAAGCCAAACGACAACUUGGAUGGUAGAGCUUCGCUAGGUUAUUGA